AUUAUAUGGUACCCCGGGGCCUAGGUUCAGUGUUCUACGUAAAACUUGCAAUGCCGUCGAUAAAUUCGCCUUGCUAACUUUGCUCAUACACGUUAUUUAUUUACAACAGUAUUCGAGUGUUUAAUUGUAAAUAUUUUUAAAUACACAUGGGUGGCUUUGAGAAUUUGAAGCUCGCCUGUGAAGUACGAAAAAAAUCAACUGCAAUGUUGUUUAUUUAGUUCAAAUUUGAUUUAUAAAUAAUUAAGUAUUAAACAAUUCACUGCCUUCUAUAAGAGUCUUUUUUUUACCAAUAACGAAACGAGCAGCUUUUGUUCACUCAUAGUAUCAUUUCUUCUAUAACUUGAAAAAAAAAACAAAUAUAAAUAAUAAAAAUCGUUAAAAAACAAUUGAAUAAAUGAUGGAACCAAUAAAAACACCAACAAUGCAUGUGAGCGAACCCAAAGCCCUUUGUUCUACUUUGUCAUGCACUGGACGUGGAAACGAUGAAAUAUCAAAAAAGUUAGAAGACGAAUUAUUGUAUGAUGCCGGUGAAGAUGGAGACGAGGAUGAUGCACUUUCAGAUGAUAGUUUACGUUUGAGGCUAUCAGAUGAUGAAGCAGAUGCUGAUGAUGAAAGAACAUCUUGUACUUCCAGUAAUCAUCACAAAUCCUUAAAGACUGAGUCACUUGCUGUUGCAAAUUCAUCCAGUACUGAUGAUCGUUUAAACGGAAUAGAUAAUGCUCAUUACAAGUUGGAUAGUAACCAAGAUGAUAAAAAAUUUAAAUCACUAGGUGACAGUAAUAGUUUUCCCGCUAAAAAAGAAAAGCAAGAUAAUAAUGAAGAAGAACUCAUUAAGGAAGAUAAAAUUGAACAAAUAGAAGUUGAAGAGGAUGAAAAAAUAGACGUUAAAGUUGAAAAAGAAGAUCAAUUGUCUUUGGAUAAAUUAGAUAACUCUUCAUCGGUUAACGGUUUAAAUAUAAAUGAUAAAACUAAUGAGGAUAAUGAAAAAACUUUAACUUGUGUUGACAAACAGGAUGAUAAAAUAAAUGAUGAAAAUAUAACGUCAACUUCAACAUCAACAUCAUUGUCAUCGUCAACAUUAUCAUCGAAAGCUUCAUCGGUAGUUAAUGAACCGGAUGCUGUUGAAUCGCGUGAUUGUAUCGUUGACGAUUGUCAAGAAAUAAAUAAUUGCGAUUCGAUAACUUUUGAAGAGGAAGAAUUGGAAAUUGAAGAAGAUAAACAAGAAGAACAUAACGUCGUUGAGGAAUUGGAAGACGAAGUUGAAGAAGUCGAAGAAGAAGAAGUUAUACAUCUAGAACCUGCUGAAAUGGAGACAGAAAAAGUAGCGACUAAUGAUAUUAAUUUUGAUAAUUCAAAGUCCCCUGUUGUGAAUACUGAUGAUAAUUCUGUGAUUAAUAUUGAUGAUGAUGAAAGUAGUAAAGUAAAUAAACCAAGUGAAACUAAUGCCAAUGAAUUGGAUAAAAAUAGUCGUGUUGAUGAUAAAGUAAACAAUAUUAUUGUUGUCAAACCAUUAACAAAACUAAUGGGCAAUAGUGAACCAGAUACUACUGAAAAACCAACUGGCAAACGUCGUCUGAGUAUUUCGGAUGACGUUUUUGAGAACGCGAAUAAAAAAAUAAACUGUAUUGAUACUUCGAUUUCGUCUAGCACAACAAUUCCGUCAUCGACAACAAUGACUACAGCAGCUACGAAAAAGUUUGAUGAUAAAAAACAAAAUGAUGUUGAAAAUGUUGAUGUUGAGGAUGACAAUAUGAAUGUUGAAAUAGUUGAGAUUCAAAAGGAUACUAUUGAAGUUUAUGAUGUUAGCAACAGUGAUAGUGCUCAGAAGACUGUUAAAAAUGGCGAGAUACUGAAUAAUGUCAAUGGUAGUACAGAUUGUAAUAAACAAGAUGUUGCCAGUGGUAUAGAAACAAAUGACACUGCCAGUACAGUAACGGAAACGGAAAAAAAUCUAGAAAGAUCUAGCCCGGAACGUCAAAAUGACGUCCAUCCGAAAAGAAAACUUAGACGUAAGAAAAGGAAAAGUUCACCUGCUAGUAGUACUCUUCAUCAAGGCCAAGAGAAAGAAAAUGUUCGACAAAAACGUGAAACUGCACAAAAAGCUCAGGAAAUGAUUCGUAAAUACAAUAAUGAAAGUGAUUCAGAAUCUAGUGAACAAUCAUCGUUAAUUCAAUAUAAUAAACCCAAUAGUCAUAAUAAUAGUAAUAAUAAUAAUAGUAGUAAUAAUAAUAAUGUUAAUAAUAGUAGUAAUAAUAACAAUCAGCACAAUGCACGAUCGACAUCACCACCGGCGUUAAAACGUAACUGUUUUGAUAAAGACGAGACACUUAAUAUUGGUGCUGCGUUAAAAAAACCAAAGAGGGAUAUGGAUAAUGAUGACAAAAGCGACAUUAAAAAUAUUACUACCCCGGAAAGUAAACAAAAAUCUCUGGAACAUGUUAGAAAAUUUUUCUUGAGAGAUUGUAAACAAAAAUUGUCAAAAUUUACACAAGAGGAGUUAGAGGAGUUGUUGGUUCAAAAAAUAGUUGAGACAAUAACGAUGCGUGAUGAAAUUGGUAAAUUACGUGAGCAAGCUAAAAUAUCAGAACGUAAUCAAGAAGCGACGCGUUUAAAAUGUCAGCAAUUAGCUAAGCAUGUUAAAGAUUUUGAUAUGGUAUUAAAACGUUAUGAAAAUGAUCGUAGACAACAUGAUAAAACUGAUAAACUCAUAUCGCCAAUAAAAAUUAACAGAUCUGUUGGAUUACAAGUAAACUUUGUAACGGAUCAUGGAUUGCAAAACUUGCGGCAAUUGAUGCACAGUAAACCAACACCAGGAACGAUUAUUAAUGGCGCGACUUAUCCAAUAAAAACAAAUGAGGAAUCGGUUAAUAAUAUCAAUAGUAAUAUCGGUCCCGCGACUAGAGGUGUCAAGGGAAUUAAAGUACGAUCACCACGUAAGAAUGAUAGUCCUGGAAGUUCACCAAGUGUAUCAACGACAUGCAUAAUACCGAUUGCAAGUCAUAUUCAGACUCAGCCGCCCCAAGUUGUUAUACCAACAGCAACAUUGCCACCACAACAACAGUUGCAACAGCAUCAGCAGCAACAACAACAGCUUCAACAGCAGCAGCUUCAACAGCAACAACAGCAGCAGCAACAACAACAACAGCCUAUUCAACAACAUAAACAACAACAGCAACAAUCAAUACCUAUUCAUUUAGCACACCCUGUCGCAAGCGUAACACCAGCGGCUUUAGUCGUUUCUAAACCACUUGAUAACCGGCAUCCAAUAACUUCAACCGCACAAAUUAUUAAUCAUCAAUUACUGCCUAAUCAAACCAUUUCGUUUAAUGGAGUGAUGACAACUACUCAAAAUGCAAUCAAUCGAUCAGCGAAAGUGCUUAAUGUAAGAAGUAAUAAUGUUAAUGAUAACACAUUAAUCGAUCUUACUGGUGAAGAAGAAAAGAAUAAAAAACCACCACCACUGGCUGCGAUCGCACCCACCCCUAAAGAUCCUUCAGCUACGAUUAUGCCUAAAGGCCCACCUCGUUUCCAGCGAAUGGUUCAAUCGGCACCAGCACAAGCUAUGACACUAGGGCAACCUGCUAAUAUUAAAGUCAUACAACCCUCAGACCGGCCUACGCCGACUGCAUUAGUUAAUAAUAUGAACAUAAAUUCAUCUAAACAAUUAUUCGUCAUGAAAGGAAAUGGUACUGGACAACAAUUACUUAUAGCUAAUCAUCAGAUUCGGCCAGCGGUUACAACAAAUUCCCGACAAUCUUUUCCUGGAAUUGCUUAUUCAGGUGUACAAACAUUAACGAAUGCUUCAUUACGAGUUGUACAAGCCCCAAAUAAUAUUGUACCAGCAGCACUAAAAGCUAAACAUCCCGCGCCACUUCCAGCACCGACGCCUUACGCUUUAACUCCGACAUCAAAACUACCACCUCCAGCACCAUCGUUGAAAAUAUCUAAAGUUCCAACUGGAAUUGUUUUAUCUUGGAACAUGGCACUAUCCGAUAAAUACGCGGACAUUGCAAGUUAUCAGUUAUACGCGUAUCAAGAAGUCGUCGGAAUGGCACCAAGUACAACAAUGUGGAAAAAAGUUGGUGAUGUUCGGGCAUUAGCCCUGCCGAUGGCUUGUACAUUGACCCAGUUUUCUGAAGGGAACAAUUAUUAUUUCGCUGUUCGAGCUGUUGAUACUUUAUCCAGACUUGGACAAUACAGUCAACCAGGAAGCAUUUCUCUGUAACUAAUAAGUGAUAAUUAAGUUAAUAUUAAUUGUGUUGAAAUACUUAUAUACUACUAAUAAUAAUAUUAAUAAUAAUUAUAAUAAUAAUAAUAGUAAUGAUAAUGUUUUAUAGCUAAUAUUUGUUUUCAACACAAUUAAUUAAAUUAAGAUAUUAAUUAAGUCCAUAUUAUAAUGAUAUUAUUUAAUAAUCAUCACAUACAUUUAAAAUUUUAUUUACAAAAGUACUGUGGAUUGUGUUCCGGGUAUGUUUUUAUACUCAUACAAUGUAAAUAGAUGGUUGUAAGACUCCAUUUUUUUUUAAUUGAAGUAAUGGGUGAAUGAAAAAUGCAUUCUCUUUUAAUUGAAAACAAAUUAACAAAAAUUAUUUAUAUUUUUGAAAACAAACAAAAUUAAAUAUCUCAGGCAUUUUAUUAUUUUAUGCUCACAUUACUAUUAACUUUUUUUUUGUUCGUAAUUAAAGUACAAUGUAACUCGUUGAAUUUUAAUCGUUUUCUAUUAUUUACUAUUAAUUUAUCUAAUUUGUUUCUUUUAUUAUAUUUGUUGUUUGCUAUAAUUAAAUGAUUCUGUACUUUAUUUAUCGAAUUUUCAUUUACUUUAUUAUCUUAUGUUUUGCUAAUUUAUUUAAUUGCGUAUCGUAGAUUUAAAACAGUUUAAUAACAGUUUUAAAAAAUAGUAAUUAAAGCUGGAUUGUUUAUUUUUAUUUUAUUUAAUUAAAUACAAUAUAUAUAUUUUUAUUUUUUCUUUUACUUUUUCUUCAUAUAUCAAUUAUCAAGUACAUGUUUGUUUACAAUCAAAAGAUACUAAACCAACGUUAUAAAAAAAAGAACAAAUUAUUAAUUUUUCAAUUACUGAAUACGAGAAUGUACAAUACUAGAUAAUAAAUAAUAUUUAUUUGAUGAAUAAAUGAAAAUAAAUAUUCAAAAUACUGUUAAAAUAAUUAUCUUAUUAUUUUCAUUAAAAUUUUUUGUACACAGAAACAAAGGAUUUAUUGGCGCGAAAAAUUUUCAUUCGCCCUAAGAAAUUUUUCGCAUCAGGAAUUGAAAGUAAAAAUAUUCUUGAGGCGGGAAAAAAAAUUCCUUAAGUCAAGAAAUUUUUUCUAGUAUUAAGAAAAUUUUUGUUUUCAAUUUGGAACACCCUUUUACUGUGAUUUGGCUUGAAUAAUUAGAGUGUGACUUGCUUAGGAAAGUAGAAAAUCUAUCAGGGGAUGAACAAGCGGAUGAUUGCUUAUUGGGAACCUGGAAGAGACAAGUGGAGGAAGCCCUUUAGAUAGAGUAUGGGAAGAAGUUGCAACCCACCACUAAUCACCACCAUAAAUUAAUAUUUGAGACAAUGAAUAAGAAAUUUACUACUUUCAAGUACGAAACCAUUUACUGAGAGUGUAUGAGGAUGGAUGAAGAUGAGUGAGGAUAAUCCUACGCGACGAUGUUGACUAGAGCUUGGAGUCUGGUACCACGGGGGGCCUUUCCAAGUCCACUGUGACCAGAGUCUCUUUAUUUCCUGAGAUGGAAGCAGUGUUUGGCCCGAGAGAGGUAGGACUCGUGGUGGCUGUGGUUAGAUACCCUAGGCAAUGAGGAUUUUUGAUUAUACCUCCGGUCAAUGUCUACCUUAGUCGUCACUUAAUUAUAUUUUUCGACUAAGAGUGUCGUCUGGGUGGAAGAUAGGGAUGCCCGCAGCACGUUUAUGCCCAAAAAGUUGAGGAAACGGCCUCUCGUCAAACGGAGGUGGAUUUCGGUCCCGUUACAUUAAUUAAUUAAGAAAUCUUUUUUUUCUGUGCAGAAUUGCUUUUAUUUUUCACCAUCUAUUGUCUCAGUUUAUAAAACUGACAUCGUAAUUUUAAAAUCACAAAUUUCCCAGGAAAAGGAAAAUAAUUUUUCGUGUAAAUAAAAUCCCUAGGAUUAUAAAGAAAAGGAACUAAACCCUUGUAAAAACAAAAGUACCAAAAGUAUUUCCGUUAAAAAAUAUUACAUCAUUUCCUGCGUUGGUAAUCAUGAGUCAUUUCAAUAGUAACGACAAAUGCCGGAGACGCAUUAAUUUUACAAGUUUGUUUUUUAGCAUAAAUUAUUAAAUGUAAACAAUUAAUUAAAUACUUAAAUAUCAAUAUAUUUUUUAUAAUAGAACAGGAAGUAUUUUUUUUAAAUUAACCGGUUGUUUCAUCAAAAAUGGUUGUUUCGAAGCAAUCGAAGCACCCUGCACCACUUCCAUUGUCGACUGUUUAUUCUGAUAAUGCGACGUUAAAAUUGCCACCACCGGUACCAUUACUGAAAACUUCAAAAGUUCCACAUGGAAUUAUCGUAUCUUGGAACAUGACACUGGACGAAAAAUUCGCGGAAAUCGAAAGUUAUCAAUUGUACGCGUACAAAGAAGUUCCUGAAAAGACACCUAGUACAUCAAUGUGGAAAAAAGUCGGUGAUAUUCGUGCCUUAAAACUACCCAUGGCGUGUACACUGGCCCAGUUUUCUGAAGGUAUAAAUUAUUACUUUGCCGUCAGAGCUGUGGAUGUCCAUUCUAGACUCGGAGAAUUCAGUCAACCAGCCGUUGUUUCCUUAUAAAUUAAUAAUUAUAAGUACCAGAUAAAUACUAUAUUUAUGUUGAUAUAUUUUUUAAUUAUGUUAACUAAUAUUUAUAAUAAAAAUAAAAAUUAACUUAACUAAAGUUUAUAAAGAAAAAUAAAUUUAUUCUACAGAAAAUUUAAA